GCUUAAAAAAAAAAGUUCCGCAAAGAGGAAUAAGCCGCCGACUCGGGAUAGGAACCAAGUCCAGUUACAACAUGCUUAUGGAAAGAAGCAGUCGGUCGUGCUUCUUGAACUUGUUUACAUUCCUUCCUUCGAGAUUAAAUUGAGAAUCGAUUCGUUAAUGGAAUUAGAAAAGCGACAACGACGUAGACCCAUAUAUAAUGAGAUAUCCAGCCGCUUGUCACAAUCGAGUGGCUUUCUUCUGACAAAUGUUCACGUCACAAAGUAGCUCGCUAACCAGGACGUUCAACAAGAUGUCCACCUAUAACAUCCACCAGACGCACAAACACGAGAGCAAAAGCAGUUUCUUAAAGUUAAUUGAGUCGUUUGCCUUGGAAAUUGGCACAUUGAAAAAGGAGAUGUGGAAAAAGCCAGAUACAAGAGAAGAACUAAAGAAAGAUUUAAUGCAAGGGGUGGGUGAGGGAGUGGGAGGUCUCUUCCUUCGAGCAACCUCCUGUGCUGACAUGGGGACGGGACUGGCUGGAGUGAGAGAUUCAGGCUAUGACUCUCUCCAUCGGCGACUCAGUGUUUUGGACAGAUUGAUCAGUACACAUUCUGUGUGGCUCCAACUUGACCUAAGCCAUCAAAAUGCUAUAAAGCUACUACAGAACCAAACAACUGGAACAUUUGUGGUGAGGAAGUCAUCAACCCUGCAGAAAAAGGUCAUAUCGUUGCGCAUGGACAAGAACUCCCCAAUUCCUGUGAAAGACUUUGUUGUCAAAGAGAGCCAGUACACUUUCUCGUUGGAAGGGUCUGGCCUGAGCUUUGCAGACCUGUUUCGUCUUGUAGCUUUCUGCUGUAUCAGCAGGGAUGUUCUUCCCUUCACCUUGAAGCUGCCAGAGGCCAUCGCUUCAGCCAAAACGUCUGCUGACCUUGCAGAGGUUGCGAAACUUGGAGCAGGAUUCUGGGACACUGACUUGUGCCAUAAGAGAGAGGGUUCUGCCUUUUUAUUGGGUGCCACAUCUUCAGACAAAUCACUUCCACCUGGCCAGCUACCACUCUCAGUUGCACCCGGCCCAUGCCACCCUCGACUUCAAACUCGCACCCCUUCAGAGCUUGAGUGUUGCCAGGUCAAUGGAGCACUGUGCUUCAUCAAUCCUCUGUUCAUUAAGGUUCAUCAACUAGACAGCAACCACAGCCCCAAAUCAAAUUCUUCUAGUUGUAAUAACAAACCGCUAAACCAUAGCACAGAAACAAACGUACCGCACUUUAGUGGUGACAAGCCUGAAGGUUGUAACUCUCAUAUCAGUGACAGCGGACUAUCAAAUGAAAACAAAUCUCUUAGCCUUGGCAUCAACUCAGACCUACAAACUCAAAAGAAGCAUACUGUGGAAUACUCCCUGUCACAGUCUCCACCAACCCGUCCACCCCCUCCUCGGUUUGCACCUCAGCAAUCAGACUUUCCUGUCAGGCAGCAAAGUAUGCCAGAGAAAAUUUCCUGGAUCAGUGUCCCCAAGGAGAAGGGUGAAGAGAAGGAGCGUAGUAGUAGCCUCUUAUCCCGUCUCGGCUCAUCACUUAGUAUCAGCCCCUCAUCAUCCCCUCCAAAGAGAUUUGGUAUUAGCUCCCCUAUUUCCAUCCCCAGGCCUUCUCUGCCCAUAUCUUUAUCAUCCCUAUCCUCCUCACCUCGAAGGGUCAAAUGCUCAACAUCUUCCUCCCUUGAGGAUGCCCAAUGUCACCUGGCACUAGAGGAAAAGACUAUUGAAAAGGCCCUUCUUAAGGCCAAAUUAUCCCAGCAGAAUGGUGGCAACGCUUGCAUCCAGCCCAGCAGUAGUCUUCCAGAUUCCUCCCCAAUGACUAUAAGCAAACAAACAGUGCAAGGAGGAGGUGGAGGAGAAACAGGAGAGGAAGGCAAUGGGGUUAGCCAGCGUCUGAGUGACAUGAGCAUUUCUACAGAUUCUUCAGACUCCUUAGAUUUUUCUCAGUCCUCAGCUUUCUUCCUUCCUCCUCUACAUGAACCAACUCUACCUACAGUGGCUGAUUUUAACGCCCACCUUCCCCUUUCACUACCAUCGUCCCAUCUUCUUUACUGCAGCAUGGAGGACGACGAUGACGAGGAGGAGGAUGAAGAUGAAGAGGAGCCAGAUUAUGGUGUUGGCCUGGAGAGUGACCAGGACCAAGACCAGGAUCUGACAAUGAUACCGCCUGGGCACAGGAUGAGACGCCGGCCAAGUGCCAGUGCUUUGGUCUUUCAGAAAGCACUGCGAGGGCAUCUGCGCAAGAUGAGUGGUGUUUUUAACUCACUAUUGACACCUGAAAAGAGAGCCAUUCGCAGGGUGGUUGAAUUAUCCAGGGAUAAAGGCUCCUACUUUGGCUCCUUGGUGCAAGACUACCUGAGCUACAUGGGUGAUGGUGCAGGCACCCCGACUUGGCAAAACUAUGCCUCUGGACUCGAACUACUUCAGACUCUCCGUCAGUUUAUCACUCAGAUGAAGAGUUACCUGCGACAAAGCUCAGAACUGGGUUUGCCCCUCGAAAGCCUCAUACCUGAAGACCAAAUUGACCACGUCUUAGAGAAGGCCAUGCACAAGUGUUACCUGAAGCCUCUCAAACCGAUGGUUAGUGCCGCGUUGCAGGAGUUCCAGGUGCGGAGCGGGGAAUGGCAGGAGCUGAGGGAGAACAUGUCUUUGGCAAAAGCCCGGCAGCCGCAGGAAAUGGGUGUGGAUGACAUGGUGCCACCAGAUCCCGUAGCUAUCGAGAAGAUCAAGUACAAGUUUCACACCAUGUGCAAGCUAUACUCUCCGGAAAAGAAGGUCACCAUGCUGUUGAGGGUUUGCAAACUCAUCUAUACAAUUAUGGAGGACAAUUCAGGUCGUCUGUAUGGUGCAGAUGACUUCUUGCCAAUGCUGACGUACGUGUUGGCCCAAUGUGACAUGCCACAGCUGCACAAUGAGAUACUUUACAUGAUGGAGCUACUGGACCCCUCGCUGCUUCACGGAGAAAGUGGCUAUUAUCUGACCAGUGCAUAUGGAGCAAUGUCUCUGAUCCGAAACUUCCAGGAGGAGCAGGCAGCCAGGGUGCUGAGCUCUGAGACCAGGAAUACACUCCACCAGUGGCACCAACGGCGCACUACCCUGCACUCGGCACCAUCCUUUGAUGACUUCCAAAAUUACCUGCGGGUGGCGCUGCAGGAACUCGAUAGUGGCUGCACAGCGAAGAUCCUCCCUGUGCACCCCUUUGCCACCGUGGAGGAGGUGUGUCAGCUGUGCGCACUAAAGUUCAAAGUGUCAAACCCCGAGAGCUACGGUUUGUUCCUGCUGAUGGAGGGCAGCAGUCAGCAGCUCGCCCCGGACACCCACCCCCAGAAGAUCAAGGCGGAGCUCCACAGCCGCCCGCAAGCUCCCCCCUUCCAUUUUGUUUACCGCCGCUUGGUCAAUCUCAGCACCUCACCCUCAACCCCUCUGGACUCUUCGCUUGGCCCUGAAAACCACAUUUUGACCUCUGAACAGCAGGCCAACCUAAACAACCUCAGUCUCGAGACAUCCGCCCCCUCCCUCGAUUCAGGACUCAGAGUUUCACGUUAAUGGAGACUCCUUAUCAGGACAACGGCGUUCCUGACCAACAUGCUUCACUAAGACACAGCGUGUCUGCUUCUGCGUGUCCAACUUCUCCUUUUGGAUGUCACACUCAAUAUCCUGUGUGGAAAGUUUUAUCAGACAGAAAAGAUGGAAGGAAGAGCAAUGACAGAAGUGAAAGUUUUUUUUUUCAUUUUAUACUUGGUUCCUGUGAACCAACCAUGACAGGCAACACUUAUUUGGGCUCAUAGAGUCCAAGUCCUUAGUCUAAUGUGAUUUAUUGGUACAUUUAAAUUUAAAACAAGAAAAAAAAUACAUUAGUCAGUGUUAUGUUUGACCUAACCACGAGGUGCAGAUUCAAGGUCCAACUGUUUGUUGAGGUUAUGUUUAGUUUACAUGGAGGGGAAUCUGAACUUAAAUAUGACACCGAUAUUAUAUCGCCGAUGUAAAUAAAAUGAACUGUCGAUAGGAUCAAAUGAUUUCUUGCAGUUGCUGGUAAACUGUUUUUGAUCCUGUGUGUUUUGUUUGCUUUAGUGCCACCUUGUGGUGGCUGAGGUGUUCUCCCAAGUCUGAAAUAUUUGUGCAGGGAAGUUUUAGACAAAGAAGAGUGAUGGGGAAGGGGGGGUAGUCUGAGACAUUUUCAUGGCAACCUUCCUUUAUAAAGAUUUCUGUUUUUAGUCAAGGUAUAAAUGAAUAUGCUGUGCAUAAACUUGAUGUCUGCAUCCUAAUUAGUUUGAAUAGGAAUAGUGAUUAAUACAAGUGUUGUACUUUUGAUAUGAAAAUCAGUGAGUGACAUUUAAUAAAUAUUUUAACAGCGUGUAGAUUGUAAUGUUAAUCCAUGCAAUUCUGGCAGUAACCUACAGAUUAACUAACAUGUUGCAAUCAGACUUGGCUGUAGUGGAGGCAUUAUUGCAGUUAGCUACUGAAGAAUCUUGUUUUAGAAAAGUUUCUUUUUUUGAAAGGCCAGUUUUAUAAAAAAUCAUUUGGACUUUGAACUGAUGAGAAGCCAUGCGUGCAGUGACUGAUGGUGGAGAUAAUUGGAGACAUUUUGGAAGCUAACAAGUAUGGGGAGAACAGCAGGAGAGGAAGUGUUACAACAUUGGUGGUGUGCGUCUAAAAACUACUUGAAAAGGUUUUUGUGUUUUCGCAAUACUGGAAUAUUUGUAAAAAUAAAAAACAAUUCUAACAGUCUGUAUUGUAAAGUAAGAUGUAAGUGGAAGUAAGUAACUUGUAGCACGUCAUGCAUAUCUCUGGGAACCAAGUGUUCGCAUCUUUAAAUUGCAUUGCUAUGUGUUUGUUCAUCUGAAUUGACUAAUAUCAAUCAAAGUAAAUAUGUUUAUCUGUGCAGGGAUUGUUUUCAGAUUGCUUUUAUGUCCCCCCCUUCUGUAAUAAUCUUGAUGGCGUCAGUGUUUGAUUGCACCCUAGAAAGAAUUUGUGGCCAUUCAGUAUAAUAAUUAAAGAUUAUUUUGCACGGAGUUUGACACAUGACGAUAUUUUGUCAUUCAGUUUAUAGGCAGCCAUUAAAAAUGAACAAGAAACUAAAGAA